AUGGGGAAACGCGCCGUUCCUUCUGUGGAGAAAGUUCAUUUGCAAGCGGUGAAGCAAACUCCCAAGUUCGACCCGUCGCCUUGUGGCAAGAAGUCAUACCGGGAGAUCAAGAGGAAGAGCAUCAUCGCUGGCCUUAGAAUGAUGAGAGCGCCCGCUGUGGUCGCUGUGCUUGUCAAUAUGGUUUUUGGGCUCCAGUAUUUGGACUUCAACCGCGAGAACGAGCUCCAGCAUGUGGAACUCUUUGCUGGGGACUGCUCUGUCACCCGUGGGGAAGCCAUGGAGGGCAGGCGUUGCAUUGGGCUUGACAUCAAGAUAGGUGGUGAGACCAUGGAUUUGACCACCAGCACUGGCUUCAUUGCAGCGCUGUACCAAACAUGCAGGUUGACUCCCGGAUCUGGAUGGCUCGCGGCGCCCGUUUGCAGUUCCUUCGUCUUCAUGUCGAGGGGAACAACCAAGCGGAGCGCCACACGACCUUUGGGCGAGGAAUCCUAUGAGAGUGUCCGAGUUGGAAACAUAUUGACGGCGAGGACAUUGGUGAUCUUGAUGGUUGCCCAGGCAUUGCGGUGUUUUUGGGUGCUCGAACAGCCCAAGGGCUCGGUGAUGGAGCUACACCCAUGUUUCCAGGAGGUUCUGGGACGCAUGACUGUGUGGAAGCACUGCCUCCAGAUGCAGCAGUUUGGGGCUCCCACCGCAAAGCCAACAUGGCUUUACGCCAGUGAUGCUGCCAUCGACCAAUUGGAGGACUUUAGACCUCGACAUCUUCCACCUCCACCUCCUGUCGAAAUGGCAGUGAUCUACACUGACUCAUCGGGAAAGCAGCGGGUGAAGGGUGGAAAACACCUCAAAGCUUCACAAAGCUACCCGCUACCGUUUGGAAAGGCCCUCGCUCGCCUACGUUCUCGUCACCAUGAGCGUUUGCGCUCUGCAGCUAGGGCUGCGUUGAAGCACAACAUGAAGAACUACCGGACAGUUCGCAGGAACACGAGGGCUGAUGCCCGCUGGGUAAAGCAUGCCGACCUAGCUACAGUCUUUGACUUUUUGGCGUGA